AUGGAUACACCCAGCCAAAAGUCUCGGGACAGAAUCAUCCUAUCUGAAGGAGGAGCUCCACUUCAAGAAAUUACCUCCAAGCUGAAAGGGUAUGGCCCAUCCUGCCGCUGGCAGAGACACGCUCGGGUUCUCCAACCAGAAGGCAGACCUGCACCCUGGAGAAAGCGGGAAAUGAUGCUCUUGUGCCCAGCUGAUGGCAUUUGGUCAUCUACUCUGCUGGGCUGUGACCUUCAAAGGAGUCAGUUUGGUAGGGAUAGAUAUGCCUAUGUAAUUGAAUUUCUGCCAUUAGAUGUGAAAGCAUUGUAUGAACUUCCAGGCUUGGAUGCUAAACCUUGGCCCAUCCUGGCUGCAUCCUCUAAUGAGCUGGAACAUAGAUGUCUGGAUUAUGCUUCUGAAAGUGAUCACAGCUACUACUAUGGUAAGGAAAUUGAAAAGUACCUGUUCUUCUUUAGCAGUGACUUUGUGGAAGUACUGAGUUCUAAAAGUAUUGUUUCAUUAAGCCCUACGGUUGAAAUUGAUCAAUAUGUUUCCAAGUACAAACGCCCGGGUCUGAGUCGUGUGCAACCAGGCGAGGUGGCGAAGAAAACACCGCGCGUUUCGGCCGCUGCCCGAGCGUCCCUGCAGCCCACGUACCCCAGCCGGCACGCGCGCGGGCGCCGCCCGCAGGGGGCGCGGAGGGCGCACAGGUGGUCCCGCCCGGCCUGCCUGCGACUCUCCCGGCCCCUCGCGGAAGGCCACCGCGCCCUCGCCGACGCGCCUCCCGCUCGCUCCGUUCCUCCGGGUGACAUCUUAUAUAAUAACCCGAGCGAACCAAAACGGAAGCGGUGCGCGCCGCCGGGCCCGGCUCCCGGCCGGGGCAGACGCUGGCGCUCCGAGCCCGCGGCCCCUAACCAGGCGCCCCGACGCGCGGCUCCCGGGCGGGAAGGGCCCGAGCGCCGGCUCGCAUCGUCCCUCCUCCGCGAAGGCGCUGCUGUCGCCGGUCCCUGUCAGGAAGCCGCGAGCGUCACAAACUGCGUCAGCUUCUUAAACACAUUUCAUGGUGUCCCUCAGCUCGGGGGCCGCUGCCCGGGGUCGGGCCGCUGGCAGUCACCCCUGUGGGGACGAGAAAGUUCCGCGGGGCCCUCCCCGCGCCCGCGCGGCGCUCCUCUCCGCGCUCCGCCGCGCAGCCCACGGCCCCCGCCGGCCGCAGGUCAGGCAACUUGGGACCCGCGGCCCGCGCAGCCCCGGCCCGACAGCCGUCCGCGCCGCCCCGACCGCCCCCCUCGCCCGGCCCGAAGGGGAGCAGCCACGCCAGAAACUUCCCGGGCCGCGCCGGGCGGGCGAGCCGCCGCGGUCUCCGCGCAUCGCGCCUACCUUCUCUCCAGAGGCCACGAUCCGGGCGGGCCGCGCGGGGCGCGUGGUCCGCGAGCGCGCGCGUGUGGGGCGUCCCGGUCCCAGUUUUCAAAACUCUGCCAGCACCAUAAACUUCCUGCAGCAUAUACUCUGUGGACUGACUAUAACACCAUAAGGCAGUAAACCCCAACUCGGCUUCUGUCUCCAGAACCUAGCUCAGUGUGGAGGCCAGACCGAUGCCCAUGUGCUGUUUAAUUGACCGACUGCAGCAAUACCACACACAGCAAAAGGAUCCCUGCCUCUUCGAAUCUUUGUCUCCUCAGCAGACUGUAGCUAGUUAUCGUCCUUCUGUACUAAUUCACCGGGAAGCAUGAAAACAGCUGAAUGGGAAAUAAGUGCACAUUUUACAAUAAAAGGACACUCACAGAAGCUUAUUUUAAUAGUCUAACCCAAGCAAUAAUUUAUGAGGGUCAAGAAGACAGUUUUCAAACAGCUGGACUUUUCCAGAACCUUAAUACCAUAUCAAACAAACUGAAGCUUGGAUCUCCUAUAAAUAAAAGCUAUCUGACUUUCAGUA